AAAGCUGUAGCUGAUAAUGAAAAGCGUCGACGUGCUGAAGCUCUCAUGAUAAUGACAACUGUCACUGGCGACUCGGCUGGCGGCCACUUCUCCUCUGGUGCUAGCAAUGGAGUUAAUCAGGCAAACGGUGGUAUCGCUGUUCUUAAGAAGCCAAAAGGCGUAUGUGGCAUUUAA